AUGGAGGUGACGGGCAGCCGCUUCUGCGGCGACACCGAGCGCGGCAGGAUGGAGGGACGGGGCUCCUACACGCUGCCCACCGGCACCGAGUACCGCGGCGAGCUGCGGGACGGCGCGUUCCACGGGCGGGGCGAGCUGCUGUUCCCCGGCGGCGGCACCUUCCGCGCGGUGUGGCACCGCGGGCUGCCCGUGGAGGGGAAGUUCACUUUUGCAGACGGCCUCGAAUACGCGGCCGAAAGGUGGGAUUACUGCGACGGCUACGACAGGAGGUUCUACAGCGAGAUCCGCUCGGGGCUCAGAGCCGCAGGCAUUUCUCAGCUUACCAAUCUGGAUCCUCCUCGAAAAAUCCCAGCAGGAUGUUACGACUGUGGUGAUGGAUUCUAUAAUCCUGAAACCAGAAUUGUCACUGACUAUGAGCUGGGAUUUCUCAGAAAUGCAGAUGAUGAGGAGCACGAGUGGAUCACCCGGACCUGCCGCAAAGCUGAGGACGGAGCACCGGGGCAGAAACCUGGCCCAUGAAAGCUGGUUUUGCUAGACAGUAACAUUCCAAAGCAGACCCUCACCGUAUUCAGUUACCUUAUUCAACUCAAGUGAAAAGCCUCUUGCUGCCUGUCUUCACUGCAUUUUUGUCUGCAAAAGUUUUUGGAAAUAGCAACUGCAGAAGUUUAUUACGUGGAGUCUACGUUGUUGCACCAGAACCCAUUUGGCAAUUACUGAAUAAACUAAG